CCUCCCCACUCCCUCCUUCAAUUCCUCACCCUCCUCCUCCUCAACUCUUCAAUUCUCUCACUCAAUCAAUCCUCAUCUCUUAUUGUCUGCCCCAUUUCUUCUCUGAUAACCAAUUAUCUCUUCUUCCCACAUGCACACUCUUCUAUAAUUCAACUCCACAACCACUGAACCACAACUCGCAACCCCUCUCCAUUUCAUCUUCUCUGCUAGCUCCUGCCAGCAGCCUCCUCUUGUUGCAACUUGCAACCCAAAACACACACAAGCACAUACAAAAUGUGCAGCUCCAAGGGCAAGUCUUGUGGAGGUGUUGAUGUCGUCGCCCCCAUCAUCUCUCAGAUCGACGGCCGUCCGGUCCUUCAGCCCACUUGUAAUCGUGUUUCUUCCUUGGAACGACGUCCUUCGCUCAAGAAGAUCUCUCCAAAGUCUCCUGCUGCUGCUCCACCACCACCGCCACCGCCACCAACUACUGCUACUACUGGAAUCAAGGUCUCACGGUCCCCUCCCAUCUCUCCCAAGUCCAAAUCCCCAAGGCCACCAGCGCUCAAGAGAGGGAAUGAUCCUAAUGGGUUGAAUUCAAGUGUUGACAAGGCCGCAACGCCACGAUCCACCCCCAAACAGGCGGCUUUAGUGAGGAAGAAGUCCAAGAAUUCUAGCUCUAGCGCUACAGGAGUUGCACCUUCCAUUGACACUUGUUCGUUGAAUUACUCCUCUUCUUUGAUCGUUGAGGCUCCGGGAAGCAUCGCCGCUGCGAGGCGGGAGCAAGUUACACUCAUACAAGCACAAAGAAAGAUGCGAAUCGCUCAUUAUGGAAGAACAAAGUCUGCAAAAUUUGAAGGCAAAGUGGUUCCGCUUGAUUCUUCUACUACUACUACUACCACAACCGGUCGUGAGGAGAAGAGAUGCAGUUUUAUCACACCCAAUUCUGAUCCUCUUUAUGUUGCUUACCAUGACGAAGAGUGGGGAGUUCCUGUCCACGAUGACAAGCUGUUGUUUGAAUUGCUAGUGUUGAGUGGUGCCCAAGUCGGAUCAGAUUGGACUUCAAUCCUGAAGAAACGCCAAGAUUUCAGGGAUGCAUUCUCAGGGUUUGAUGCAGAAGUUGUCUCCACCUUCACUGAAAGACAAAUAACUUCCAUCAGUGCCGACUACAGCAUAGAUAUCAGCCGAGUCCGAGGUGUCGUCGACAACUCUAACUGCAUUCUUGAGAUUAGAAGGGAAUUCGGAUCGUUUGCCAAGUACAUCUGGGGUUUCGUGAAUCACAAGCCCAUAUCCACUCAGUACAAAUCAUGCCACAGGAUCCCAGUGAAGACAUCCAAAUCGGAGAGUAUUAGCAAAGACAUGGUUAGGAGGGGAUUCAGGACCGUUGGGCCCACCGUAAUUCACUCAUUCAUGCAGGCUGCGGGUCUCACCAAUGACCACUUGAUCACGUGUACACGUCAUCUCCAAUGCGUUGCUCUGGCAUCUUCCCACCAACCUAGCGUAGCCCCCGCUUUAUAGAAUCAAUUGACAUAAUCUAUAUAUAUAAAUAUAUAUAUGCUGAGAUGAAUAGUAGCUGGCUGAUGUUCUAACUAUAUUUUAUUUUACUCUGAUUGAUGGUUGUAUAUUGUGUUUAAUUAAGAGAAGAGAGAUCAAAGAAAGAAAGAAGAGAAAUAAUAAGGGUUGUGUUGUGUGAAGAGAUAGAGAGAUUUUUAAUGACAGUGAUGGGUUGAAAAGGAUAGAUGAGAUUAUUAGUGAGAAGAAAGCGCAAUAGACUUUGUUGUGGGUGGAGGAGACAGACUGCAUGUGCUUGGCAGGCAAUGGCAUGUGUUGUGUGUCAGAGACUUUCAUUCCAUGUGACCACUAAACCCUUCAUUAUUCUCCCUCCCUUUAACAGCCUGUGUGUGACCAAGGAUCCAUAUUGGCAUAUUGCAAAGAGAUAGAGAGACUGUAGGACCAUCUUCCUCCUCUUAUAUUCUCUCCUUGUUACUUUUUCUUUGCUUUGGACAAGUGUUGUUAUUCCUACUAUGUCCCCUAACUCUCUGUAAGUUGUAACCUUUUGGGGGAUUACAAAACCCCUUGUAUCAUGGAUUGGUGUGAAUUUUUUUUUUUUUUUUUCCUUUGAGUGUGUUUAUUUUAUACAUAUUGUCAUGUGGGUCUCUAUUGUGUAAUGUAAUGUUUGCUUACCAAAUGUAUACUCUUUUUAAAUGCUUACUUACAUAAGAUAGGAAUCUUCUCCCA